AUGACCACUCCGACCAAGAAGAAGCGAGGGUCGUGGGCCGACUUGGACUUGUCCAUUGUCGUGGCGCUGGUGUCGCCCAUCGGCAACUGGUUGACUGGCGGGGAUCACAUGAAGAACAUCUUCCUCAUCAUCCUCUUGAUCCUCUACCUGCACCAAAUCAUUGAGAUCCCUUGGCAGCUCUACCUCAGCGCUCGACCCCGCAAGCCAGGGCAUAGUUCCCGCUCUCAGUCACCGCUGACCGAGGAAGACGAGAAGCUCGCCCGCUUCUCCGAGCUUGCCCGGCACGAGCUACGCAGGCACGAGCUUGCGUAUUUCGUCCUUGCGGUAGCGUCGCCAUUCAUCGGUGCGGCGUUCCUUCGCUACGUCCUCUCUGCGCUCGGCGAGCCGAAUACCCUCUCCUGGUUCAGCACAACCCUCUUCGUUCUCGCCACGGGCAUCCGGCCUUGGUCGCACCUGAUAAGCCGCCUGGAAGACCGCACCCGCGAACUGCACACCGCCCUCCAUUACCCGGAUGAGGACUCGCUUAUGCACAAGUACGGGCAGACGAACCGCGUGCUGCAGUCCUCGCUGAAACGCAUCGAUGCGCUGGAGAGCGAGCUCGCCGCCUUACGAGAGAGCGUCCAGCGCGUCGAGCAGCUGCGCGAGGUCUGCGACGAGCUCACGGAAGUCCUCGGCGAAGUGGAGCGCAUUGGGAAGCGCAACGAGCGGAAGGCCGACGCGGGCCGUGCUGCGCAGAGCGUCCGUCUCACGGCGCUCGAGCAGGGUCUGGCGCAGCUGGAGCAGCGGAGACAAAGGGACAUGGCCGCGUUCGAGGCGGUGGGCAUCCACCUCCCGAAGGGGCACGAUCUUCUGAAGCAGGCGCGGUCUUCGCUCGCGACAGCCGUGGACAAGCUGCUGUACGUGCCUCGUGCCAUCAUUCUCUUCGGCUUGGAGGACCCGUACCAGGACCACAAGAACACGAAACACGAAGAAUUCCGGCUCCACCUCCCUGUCAACGGCGCGAACGGCAACGGGGUGAGCCAUCCCCGCAUCCGCAGCCCGGAACGCGAGAAGCACAUGUCACACCUUAUUCCGCGCCUUCCGACCAUCCCGGAGGCAGAGGACUCGGACUCCGAGGAGACGUUCGUCUCGGACAAGGAAGGCACGCCCCCCGACGCGGGUUCCGCGCCCCAAAAGCACGGCAGGCGCAGUAGCAGCAGCGGCUUGUCGUCGUCGCCCCGUUAUAUAAUGAAGACAUUCGGGCAGAAGUCGUUCGAAUUCGCACAGAACGUCGUGCUGUGGCCGUACCGCGUUAGCGUCCGCAUGCUCAUUGUCGUAAUCCCUCCCCUUCGGAACGUUUUGCCCCAUAUCUGA